AUGAAUUUGUCGACGAUUGGUUUCCAAGUAAUAUUCAAGCAGCGGCUUAGAUGUGUAAGAUUUGGUGUGCGGUGCAUAUCAAGAGAAACAUUAGGAUGUAAUUCAGUUGCAGCAAGCUCAGCAGAUGAAGAUGAUAAAAUUUAUGUACCUAAGAAACCGAUUCUUUCACCAAUCGAUCAAAGUAAAGUGGAGGAGCCUCCAGUUUUCGACAAAGCCCUUAUUACCCAUUUGGAAAGACUUUCCUUGGUGUGGUUUACUGACGAACAAGCAGUUUUUAAUUUAAAAGAAGCGGUGCGAUUUGCAAAUCAGCUGAAGUUGGUUGACACUACGGGUAUUGAACCGCUCGAAACUUUGCUCGAAGAUAUGCCGUGCCCACUUCGGGAAGAUGUUGCAGAUAAUCCUAUGACCAAAGCUGAAGUUCUGAUGAAUGCUGCCAAAGUUGUUGAGGAUUAUUUUGUUGCACCACUUGAAAAUAUACCACUGGAAGAAUCUGAUAAACUUAAUUUAACAAAAGUUGAAGAGUUUGACCGAAGAGUGAUGGCUAAAAAGAAUCUAUUGAAUGAUUCUGUAAAGGAAAAAACAGAGUAA